AAGAUACAAUUUUACGAUCAUUCACUACAGAACUCUCAAUUAGAUUAUCAAAUAUUUGAGCCUAACAGAAAUGAAAAUAAUACGCUUUAUUAGUGACAAUAGGUACAGACUAUUUAAAACCAUACUUGCUUACUUUGCAUAUUUUUGCAUCGGAUCAGCGACAACACUUCUCGGUUCUAGUUUACUUGAUUUACAAAUACGUUUAAAUGUUGAUUUUGCCAAAGUUUCCUAUUUAAUUCCCUUCCGUAGUGCCGGUCACAUACUUGGAUCUGCUCUUGCUGGUUUGAUCGAGCAAAGAUUCAACCGAUCUCUUCUUUUAUGGAUAAUCAAUUUGAUCUCUGGAAUUUUUCUUGGAGCUGCUCCAUUCUUUACCAAAUUUGAGUUUACUUCAAUAUUUCUGGUAAUAGCUGGUGUUGCUCAUGGAAUGUCAGAUAUUUUGUGUAAUACUUCAGUGACCAGCACUUGGAAGGAAAAGAGUACGAAUUGGUUACAAGUUCUUCACAUGUCAUGGGGAAUCGGUUCACUGAUAACCCCAGUUAUAUGUCGUCCAUUUUUAUUACCAGAAGAAAGUCUUGAACCAGAUUCAAGUUCAUUAAUAACUGCAAACACAACUGCGAAUCCAGUGAUUGUAUCAAUUUAUACUGCCAAAGAUGUAAUGAUUCAAUAUGCCUUCGUGAUCAUUGGCCUUUUAUCAGUAAUCGUUUCUUUCUUUUACGCUUGUAUAUAUUUUCGAGAAAGAAGUAUCACUGAAUACAGUAAGAAAGAGGUAAACGCCGUCAACAUUCAAGUGCCACAACCAUCUUCGCAAAUCAGUCCAUGGAAAAAGUAUAUCGCCAUUUUCCUGGCAGCAGUGGUUGCCCAUUUUUGUUAUAGCUUAGAAUCAGUUCUUGGUUCCCUUGGAGCUUCAUUUUCAGUCAAAUCCGAUAUUCAUAUGGACAAAAAGACUGGUGUUUUACUUGCAACGGUUUUCUGGUCUUGUUUCUCAUUUUAUCGAUUAAUCUUCAUUCCAUUAACAUUCAUCGUAGCUGAAACUAAAUUAUUGGCCCUUAGUUUGUUUCUUACUUUGCUUGGUGUAGUUGUUUCUGUACCAUGGGCUAAUAGCAAUGAGGCUUGUCUUUGGGCUGGAUUCACACUUGUUGGAUUGGGAAUAUCGACCAUCUUCUCAUCUUCAUAUGGAAUGCUAUCGAGAUAUAUUGUUAUUACUGGUCAAAUAUCAUCAAUGAUUUUUAUUCCUGGAGUUGUUGGUGAAUCAUUUCACCCUGCAAUUGCAGCUACUUUACUAGCUAAUAGUCCAAUUUUAUUUCUCUAUUACAAUGCUGCAUUAGGUGUUGUACUUGUUAUUUCAUUCUUGGCAUUGAUGAUAUAUUGUAAAACGGUGUUAAAAACACCAACUGUCCAUCUUGCUCAUCCUUCAAUAGGACCAAGGUUCUCAACACUCAGUGUUAGCCAUCAUUAAAGGAACCUCAUUGUCCCAAAAUAUUGUGUAAAAUUAUUCAUUUUUCAUUAUAAAACAAUAUUCACAACCAUAAAACAAUGCAUUUGUUGCUAAAACGACACAAUAAACACAUUUGUAACAUUUA